AUGUAUCUUAUCAGUACAAUUUUUAUUAUUAUAAUAAUAUUCUAUAAUAAUAUAGUACAUGGAAAAGAUUUUGGCUAUCCAACUAUUACUCAAGCUGGUUUUCAUCAUAAUGCAUUACUUUAUAUUGAUGGAAAUCAUUCACCUGAAAAAUUAAUGUUAUGGCUAACAGGUUCAUAUGAAACAAUUGAUUCUUAUAAUAUUAUUUUUGAUACAAUAACAAUUCUUGUUGAAAAAACAUCAUCAAAUUCUUUAACAACAUAUUCAACAAAUGAACAAGAUUGGAUAUGGUUUGCUUGA